AUGGCUUUACACUCUUCAUACACAGAACUUCAGCUCUCUGCUGGAUUGCGGGCAGUAUCGCUGAAGGCGAGAGAGAGUGGAGUUUUUCAAGACCUCGUGGUGAACACAAGGCAGAAAAUGACUCAUGUCCAAGAGACAAAAACAGGAAAAGCAGGUGACACAGUAAAUAUAUUCACCAACCAUUUCCGACUGACAUCUUGUCCCCAGUGGGUCGCAUAUAAGUACAACGUUGACUAUAAACCAGACGUGGAAGAUGGAAAUCUGCGAGCAAGUCUGCUUUUCCAGCAUGAAUCAGAAUUAGGGAAGUGCCACAUAUUCGAUGGGAACUCUUUAUUAUUACCUCAAAGACUAUCAAAGUCAAAAAUGGAAGUGGUCAGUCAGACCAGUGACAAGACGUCUGUGAAGAUUACACUGGAGCUUUCCAAAGAACUCACGCCCGCCUCGCCAGAAUGCCUUCGCUAUUACAACAUCCUGUUCAGAAGAGUUUUGAGGUUGAUGGAUCUGAAGCAAGUUGGUCGCAACUAUUACAACAACAAGGAGGCGAUUGAGUUCCACAAACAUAAUUUGGAAAUCUGGCCUGGUUACAUCACUUCUAUUCUUCAGUAUGAAAACAGCAUUACCCUCUGUGCCGACGUGAGCCAUAAACUUCUCCGAAAGGAAACUGCAUAUGAUUUGAUAAAGAGCCUAACAGGGUCAUUCAGAGCUAUAGAGCUAAUAACUGAGAAAUUAGUUGGACUAAUUGUUCUUACAAGAUACAACAACAAAACCUACAAAGUGGAUGCUAUUGACUGGAAGCGGCGUCCCAGUGAUAUAUUUGAAAAAUCAGAUGGCACCGAAAUCACCUUUGUAGAAUAUUAUAAGCAGCACUAUAAAGAAGUGAUCACCGACUUAGAUCAGCCACUUCUGAUCAGCCAGGGCAAAUGGAAAAUGGGUCAAAAGGACACGGACCGUGAGCCCAUACUGCUGAUUCCUGAGCUGUGCUACCUGACAGGUCUAAGCAGUGAAAUAAGUACAAAAUACUGGGUGAUGAGAGACUUGGCUGCUCAUAUGAGGUUGGAUCCAAAAAGAAGGCAGUAUGAACUAGCAAAGUUCGUCGAUUCCAUGCAAAAAAAUGAAGCCGUGCAGAAGGAGCUUCAGUUCUGGGAUCUGAAAUUCGACAGCAACUGCAUGUACAUCUCAGGAAGGGUUUACCGUGAUAAAAGAGACAGCCAAAACACAAAUUUGAAUUAUGUUGAUCCACCCAAACUACUAUGGACAAAUGGAUUAUUAAAGAAUAAGCUAGCUAGACCAAAGUCACUAGAUCGUUGGCUAUUACUCUAUCCCCCUGGAGAUCACAGACUAGCCAGUGACUUCAUGAAAAACCUACAGAAGAUCACAAUUCCCAUGCACAUCGAUGUGAAAACAGCACGUAUGGUUGAGGCAAGGAAUAUGAAAUAUGUGCACACAUUAGAGGAACAGGAUACAUCAAACACACAGAUGGUGGUUUGUAUCCUGCCCAGUAACAACAAACAGAUUUAUGAUAUGAUAAAAGAAUACCUGUGUACUACCUGCCCGAUUCCCAGCCAGUGCGUGGUAGCACGGACCUUAAAAACGAGUAACCAGAAAACCAAAGAUAUCAUUACUGAAAAGAUUGCUCUGCAGAUAAACUGCAAGAUGGGAGGAGCUCUCUGGAAGGUGGAUGAAGGGGAAAUGAACGUGAUGUUCAUUGGUAUCGACUGUUUCCAUGAUGUGGUCAGGCGGCAGAGGUCAAUUGCAGGAUUCGUGGCCAGCUCCAAUAAAGAAUUAACACGGUGGUACUCUAAAUGUAUCUUCCAGGAACCGGGACAAGAGCUUGUGUACGGGCUGAUAAGUUGCGUGGAAGGUGCCCUGGAUGCAUGGUAUAGAAACAAUCAGUGUUUGCCAAACGCUCUUAUUGUGUAUCGGGAUGGAGUAGGAGAUGGUCAGCUUCAAGCACUGCUGGACAAAGAAAUACCACAGAUUUUGAGUUGUCUACAAACACCAGAUGUUAAGUUAAAUCUAACAUUCAUUGUGGUGAAGAAACGAAUAAACACCAGAUUUUUCAUUGAGAGUGAAGGAAAUCUUCAAAAUCCAGAGCCAGGAACCAUCGUUGAUAUGGAGUUGACCAGGAAAGAAUGGUAUGAUUUUUUUAUUGUGAGUCAGAUUGUGAGAGAGGGGACCGUGACGCCCACUCAUUAUAAUGUCAUCUAUGAUACCCUUCGCUUGGACCCGGAUUCAGUCCAGUGUAUAACCUAUAGGCUGUGCUACAUGUAUUUUAAUUUGUCGGGUAUCAUUCGAGUGCCAGCUCCCUGCCAUUAUGCUCACAAACUGGCUUACCUCGUGGGUCAGAGUAUUCACCAAGAACCACACCGCUUACUCUCCGAAUGUCUCUAUUACCUUUGACUUCCAGAAAAGGCCCGAUAUGAUGUUGACAGCCACAACUUGUUAGUUUUUCCACUUGAAGUUGGACGUCUCAAUUAUUUUCCAUAAUCUUAAAUUCUUUCUUUUAAAGAGGCUUUUGCCUU